AUGGAUUUAUUACUUGAACGUCAUCAAUCUGUCAUUCGUCAACUUCGUAAAGGUGAACCAUCAAAAGAUGUAAAAGAACUAUUCAAUGAAAUUGUCUUAUUUUUAAAUCAUACAAUACAUAAUGAAACUGAUGGUCUUCAUAUUUUAUCUGUAAUUUGUUAUGAAAUGGCAAGAUUUACUACUUUAAAUUUUUUUAAUGAUCCCGAAAUAAUAAAUCAUAAAUUUUUUCUUAUACUCAAUAAAACAUUUCAAAUGUUAUUCACCAAAUUAACUUUUGUUUCUUUAACAAAACAAGAUGAACAAUGUAUUGAUGGAAUUAGUUUAUUAAUAAGAAAUUUAUGUUUAUAUAAAAAUAAAAUAUCAACAAAUUUUUAUAUUGAUAAUAAUGAAAAAUUGAAUCCAGAUAAUAAAGAAAUAUUUAAAUUACUAUCAUAUGAAAAAAUAUUUUUUACAGAAUUAUUUAUUAAAAAAUUUGUAAGACUUAUAGAAAAUGAUAUAGUUAUUAAUAAUUAUGAAUCAUAUCAUAUUAAAUAUAAAAUUAUUGAUCGUUUACUUCAUAUUUUUAUAAAGUUAAAUGAUAUUGAUAAAAGAUUAAUUCUUGAUUCUAUUGUUAAAUGUUUAGAAUCAAAAAUUUAUACAAAUUUAUAUAAAACUAUUAAUCUUAGCCAACAUAUAUUAAAUCCACAGCAAUCAUUCUUUAUGUAUACAUGUCCAAAAUUUAUUCGUUUAUGUAGUUACAAACAACAGGAUGACAUAUCCAAUACAUUAUCGAAAUCAAUAAUAAAAUAUCAUGAUGAUAUUUUUGAAAAAUAUUCAUCGAGUGUUUCAGAAAGUGAAGUUACAUUAAAUCAAUCGAUCGCUUGGUAUGUUGAAUUAUUAAAUCAUAUUGCUUUAACUCCGACAACAAGAGAGUUUUUUAUCAGAAAAUUCGAUGCCGGUAGAACGGUAAUAGAUCAAGUAAUUAACAUCUUAAAAGAAAAAUCGUUAAUAAAAAGUGUUAGUGAAAAUAUUGAAUUAUUUCAUCCUGAUGUUGCUCUUAUGUCAUAUUCAAUAACUGUGUUAUAUAACUUAACAUUUGAGAAGAAAAUCUUUUAUGAUUUAAAAGAUAAAAAAGUAAUAGAUAUUUGUAAACCAUUAUACAAAGCAAGAGACAAAACAAUACAAUUCGCAGCUCGAACACUAGCUGCGAUUUUGAAUAAAGAAGAUAUUGAUAAAAUAAAUAAUCCAUCGAUAAUAGCACGAUCUUAUUUAUAUCUUAUUAAAAAUACAAUUGACGAUGUAACACUUACAUAUCAUGGAAUUAAAUUAGAUGGUGUGUUAACCAAUCUUGAAGCAAUUGUUCAAAAUGAUGAUGUUAAAGAGGAAAUUGUUAAUGAUGAUGAUGGUAUACCAUUAUUAGCAAGAUGUGCAUAUGAAGAAAAUCUAGAUAUCGAAACAAUUCAAAUUCCAGCUCUUCGAAUUAUUGAUGCAGUUUCAUUUGUAAAUGAUUCAGCUGUAAAACAGAUAAAAGAAAAUGAUGAUCUAAUGGAUCAUGUUAAAGAUUUAUCCAAUAAUAAUGACAAAUAUCAAAGAGCAAUAGCUAAGCGUAUUUUAUGGAAAGUCGAAAAAGAAGUUGAAUUUAUGUCCAAACAAGAAAAACAAAAAAAACAAAAUCAAAUAAAAAUAAAAAAAAUUUUUGAUGAAAAACAAGCUGUUUAUCAAUAUGUUCGAGGUGAUCAUCAUUUUAAUUUAACUGAUCAUAAAACUUCAGAAAAAUUUGAUCUUAUGAUAAGUUAUUAUCCAGAUGAUAAAGAAAUCUGUUUGAAAAUUUAUAAUCGUUUAAUAGCAUCAGAUUUUUAUCGAAUUUUAUUUGAUAAAGAUAAUUUACAUUGUUCUAAUCCAAGAAUUAUGGCAGAAGCAAUUGAAAAAUCAUCUAUUAUUCUUAUGUGUUUUUCAUCUAAGUAUCGAAAUUCAUAUGCAUGUCGAUUAGAAGCUGAAUAUGCUAAGAAACGAGAACGACCAAUUAUUCCAGUAAAAAUCGAUCAUCAAUAUGACCCAACAGGAUGGUUAGAAAAAAUUAUUGACAAUAAAAAAUAUAUUGAUUUUACAAAAUAUGAAUUUAAUAUAAUGUUUGCUCAAUUAAUUGACGAAAUCAAUGAAGUAAAUGAAAGAAUCAAUAAAAAAUAA